GACGAAUUGAACGGCACAAGUUAAUAAAAAAAAAUGAAGUUUGGGCCGGUGAUAGGAAUCGAUCUCGGAACAACUUACUCUUGUGUUGCAGUUUGGCGACAUAAUCGUGUGGAGAUAAUCGCCAAUGAUCAGGGUAAUCGAACCACGCCGUCUUGGGUUGCAUUUAAUGACUCAGAGAGGUUCAUUGGUGAAGCUGCACUCAACCAAGCUACAAGAAACCCUGCCAACACUAUCUUCGAGGCAAAGAGACUUAUAGGUAGAAAAUUCAGUGAAGAUUCUGUUCAAAAAGACAUGAAGUUCUGGCCAUUUAAGGUUACUGCAGGAACUGAUUCUGGCAAAGAAGAUUAUCCUGUGAUUGAGGUAAGUUAUAAUGGUGAACACAAGAAAUUUACUCCCGAGGAAAUAUCUUCAAUGAUCCUGAUGAAGAUGAAAGAUACUGCCGAGGCUUUCCUUGGUAACACUGUUAAGAAUGCUAUUGUCACAGUUCCAGCAUACUUUAACGACUCCCAGCGUCAAGCAACCAAAGAUGCUGGAACCAUAGCAGGGCUUAAUGUUGUUCGUAUUAUCAACGAGCCAACAGCGGCCGCCAUGGCUUAUGGUAUUGAUACAAACAGUACCAGCUGCAACGUUGCCAAAAAGAAUGUCUUAGUAUUUGACUUAGGAGGUGGUACAUUUGAUGUUUCCUUGGUAGCUAUUGAAAAGGGUGAAUUUAAAGUCAGAGCUGUAAGUGGGGAUACUCACCUUGGAGGAGGAGAUUUUGACAACAAAUUGGUGAGCCAUUUCGUGGACGAGUUCAAGAAGAAGCACAAGAAAGACAUAAGUACGAAUACAAGGGCUCUUGCAAAAUUAAGGCUUGCUUCAGAGAGAGCCAAAAGGGUACUUUCCUCAAAUUUCCAAACUACUGUGGAGAUUGAUUCUCUUUUUGACAACAUUGAUUUUACAUCAACCAUAACUCGUGCACGUUUUGAGAAGUUGAACAUGGAUUUCUUUAGCAAUUGUGUGGACACGGUUGAGGAAUGCUUAGAAGAUGCCGGGAUGGAAAAACAUGAUGUUGAUGAUGUUGUCCUUGUUGGGGGGUCAACCCGAAUUCCCAAGGUUCAGCAGUUGUUGCAGGACUUCUUUGAUGGAAAGGAGCUCUGUAAAAGCAUUAACCCUGACGAGGCUGUUGCUUAUGGUGCUGCUGUGCAUGCUGCUGUCUUAAGUGGUGUGGGUAAUAGUACUAAAGAUAUAGUUCUUGUAGACAUCACCCCUUUAUCUCUUGGCAUAGAGGUCACGGAUGGUAAAAUGUAUGUUGUGGUUCCUAAGAAUACAAUUAUCCCAACAAAGAAGAACAAGACGUUCAGAACUAACAAAGAUAAUCAAACUACUGUACGUUUCACUGUGUACGAAGGUGAGAGGCUUCGUGUAAAGGACAACAAUUUCCUAGACGAGUUUAUACUUUCCGAGGUUCCUCCAGCACCGAAAGAAACCAUCGAGUUCGAUGUCUGCUUUGAUCUUGAUGUUAAUGGCAUCUUAACCGUGUCAGCACAAGAGUUAAGCACCGGAGACAGAAAGCAAAUCACAAUCACUAAUCACCAUGGAAGGUUAUCAAAGCAGGAGAUAAAAAGGAUGGUAGCAGAAGCUGAAAUGUACAAAUCUCAAGACGAGCAGCAAAGGAAGAUGAUGAAAGCUAAGAAUGCACUAGAGAACUACGCCAAUAAUAUGUGGGAUAUAUUGCACAGUUACGGGAAGAUAAAGAUUGGAAUAAAGGAAAAGGAAAAGGAAAAGAAGAAGAUGAAGGAAACGAUCAACCAAACAUUUCAGUGGCUGGAAGAGAAUGCUGAUAACGCUGAGGUUUCAGAGUUUGAGGAGAAACUAGUAGACUUGGAAAGAAUUUACGGAGACGUUGCUACUAAAAUCUCUAUGUAGUAUUUGGGAUGUAAAUUUCCUAGUUCAAAUAUGCACUGAAAACGACCCAUCUCUU